CCGGGCAUUCCAAUUUGCAGUUCCCUGCAGUUUUGAACGUGAUGCUGGCGUGCAAAGGCUGCCGCAUUUGGACGUUCUGGAUUCAAUGGCACCAAGACCGUUGGAUUUCGUUGGAUCAUGUGGAGGUUUGCAUGGUGUGGGUAGGUCACGCAGGCCAAUGCAGCCGGAGCCGUAGUUUUCUUGUGGUUCUAUGUGCCGGAAGGGUCAGGCGAUCAUCGCCCCAGUACAUUUGUUGAAACAUGUUGGAUGUGGAAUCGUUAGCCGCAAAGCUGCGGGCCCAAUGGUAGUCGAUUUCCCACAGGCACCCACGGGUUCAGAGGUUGAAAUGGCUCAGUUGCCAGACCUUUGGAUGAAGAGUGUAUCAGUUGGGCCCUCUAACCUCACCGACCUGCAACUGAGCCGUCUCCGUGGCAUGUACCUUGUACAGGUCUCUUGGCAGCGCGCUACAACUACUUAUGUGGUGGGUGUGCCUGGUUCCCUUUUGCACGCUGAGCACAUGCCUUCCGGUAAAGUGGACAUGGCUGUGCUUGUGAUGGCUCGGUUGGUCCAGUACGGCAUGAAUGUGUGCCAAGAUCGUUCCCGGGCAAGAUUAGCAAGCCUGGCGGCUUCGCAAGGGACAAGCUGGGAGAAACAUUGGAAAACUCGCCGUCCCGGGUGCUCGGAGCCGCGUUACCAGGGCUGGACUGCGAAAGAGUGGCAGGACUGGAUCGCAGAACCGGCUGGCGCCAGCUGGUGUGAGAACAAGAGGUACGAAGCAGAUUGGAUCGUGGAUUGGAUGAUCCGACACUGGGGCAUGGAGCUUUUGCGGGGUGGUGUCUUGGACGUCGGUGGCGAGCCGGGUUUUUUGGCCGCAGCACUGCUGGCCAAGGGCAUCUCUGUGACGGUGGUUGAUCCAACCUGGGGCGUGACUGGUAAGGCUCACUGGUCCAAUGACUGCAUGGCAUCGGCGCGUGGAACUGGAGCAAAGUUGUCCGCUUUCAGCAGGGACUUCGACGAGAGAUUCCUCGUCGAUCAUCCCGAAAUGUGGCAGCUUUCGGUGGUGGUGUCGCUGUAUGGCGAUGAGGCAACCAUUCCAGCCCUGGCGUUUGCUGCAGAUGCUGGGAAGUUGGGGGCACCCAGUCAUCUCAGUGGAUCCCACUGCAAGUAG